AUGUAUUAUUUGUUCAUUAUACGGUGCAAAUUUUCGUCCGUUCUUUCUCGGCAAAGCCUUUCAAUUCACGAUUGUCACGUUUUAUACCAACAUGACUUCAAGCUAAGCGAUAAUAGCGUGAAAGCUGCAAAGGAUCAGAAUAUAAUACAAAAAAUCACUCUCUCUCUCUCUCUCUCUCUCUCUCUCUCUCUCUCUAUCCCCUCUCUCUAUCCCUCUCUCUCUCUCUCCCCCCUCUCUAUCCCCCUCUCUCUCUCCCCUCUCUCUAUCCCCUCUCUCUCUCCCCUUCUCUCUCUCUCUCCCCCUCUCUCUAUUCCCUCUCUCUCUAUCUCUCUCUCUCUCUCUCUCUCUCUCUCUCUCCCCUCUCCUCUCCCCUCUCUCUCCCUCUCUCUCUCUAUCCCCCCCUCUCAUCUCCCAUCUCUCUAUCUCUCUCUAUCGCCCCCUCUCUCUAUCCCCCUCUCUCCCCCUCUCUCCCCUCUCUCUCUCUCCCUCCCCUCUCUAUCCCCUCUCUCUAUCCCCCUCUCUAUCUCCCUCUCUCUCUCUCCCUCUCUCUCCCUCUCUAUCCCCCUCUCUCUAUCUCUCUCUCUCUCUCUCUCUCCCCUCUCUCUCCCCUCUCCCCCUCUCUCUCCCCCCUCUCUCUCUCCCUCCCCUUUCUCUAUCCCCCCUCUUUCUAUCCCCCCUCUCUCUCUAUCGCCCCUCUCUCUAUCCCCCUCUAUCUCCCCUCUCUCUCCCUCUCCCUCUCUCUCUAUCCCUCUCUCUAUCCCCCCUCUCUAUCUCUCUCUCUCUCUCCCUCUCCCCUCUCCCCUCUCUCUAUCCCCUCUCUAUCUCUCUCUAUCUAUCUCUCUCUCUCCCUCUCUCUCCCCCUCUCUAUCUCUCUCCCUCUCCCCUCCCUCUCUAUCCCCCUCUUUUCUCCCCCCCCCUCUCUCUCUUACUGGGCUUCACCCACAGGAUGCUGCAGUGGAAAGAUGCGCCUUAUUUCUCAACCACUCCCAAGAUUUCUUAAUUUUAGUCAAACCUACAUUUUAG